AUGAGAGUAUAUCCAAAUUCACAAUUAUUGAAAUUAGAUGAACAAUUAAUUACUGGACAAUUUCUUGCAUCCAUUAUUUUAGCACAUAUUGAUUUUGAUAAUACAAUUCACUCGACUAAUCGAUUUCAAUCAAAUCUUGACAGAGAUCUAUUGAUAACAAACGAAGAAAUAAGAAAAAUGGUUUCACAUUUAUCCUGUGAAUCGAACAAUGAUACUUAUUGGAAUGAGUUUCUAGUUAAUGAUCAAUUAACAUAA